GCUUCCGGUUUUCUGCCAGCUGGCGAUAGCUGAGGCGGAUUUUCAACCGAGCCGGAGGGGGAAGAAAAAAAAAAAGUAAAAAAAAAAUGAGCGAUGGAUUACCUGGCUAGGCCUGGGGUUUUUGGCUUAAUUGCUGGCGUCACCUGUGGGGUAUGCUUGGGCUGGAGCAUACGAGCUCGGCUCUUCCGUCCAGCCAAAUCCAGACUGACCAUGAUAGCCAACGAGCUGGGCGACGAAGCCAGCAUCAUGGGCGAGUACGGAGAAUUCAAGAUGGUGAUCAUCGUCCGGAAUGACUUGAAGAUGGGCAAGGGCAAAGUAGCGGCCCAAUGCGCCCACGCUGCUGUUUCGGCCUAUAAGCAAGUCCACCGCCGAAAUCCGGAACUUCUGAAGCAGUGGGAAUAUUGUGGACAGCCCAAGGUCGUCCUCAAGGCGCCUGACGAGGAAGCUCUGGUUCAGCUCUUAAACGAGGCCAAAGGGCUUGGCUUGAUUGUGAGCUUAAUCCAGGAUUCCGGCCGCACACAAAUAGCGCCAGGCUCCCGGACUGUUUUGGGCAUUGGGCCUGGACCGGCUGAGGUUAUAGAUAAAGUAUCUGGUCACCUGAAACUCUACUGAAUGUGAAGUUCACAGCGUAAAGAGGGUGAAAUCGAGGGAAUUUAUAUAAAAUGCAUAAAAAAAACAAAAAGAGAACAAGCCAUCUCCCUCCCGAGUCCCUUCCUCAAACAGGAAUUAUCAAGUGCAAUCCCGGAUUAUUUUGUUUCGUUAACGCAUGCACACACAAGCACACUGGCGUCCCACAUAUCUUUGCCUAGGCUGUGUUUCCCUGUCACCGGUUAAACAGGUUUGUGUUUGCGCAAAUACAAAAGCAGUGUACACUUUUCUCUGACUUUGGAUUUCUCUGAAACACUUGAAUCAAACCUUUUGGAAAUCCAGUGGAGGAAAUGCUCAGUUAAGAUAUGGCAGGCAUCCCUACAAAACUUUCCAAAUAAAUGAAAUUACACGGA